AUGUCGGUCAAAAUCGCUCCUUUCGAAUCCACACCUACCGAAUCUAUUCAAUCCACAGUCAACCUAUGCAGGACCACCUUCCGUUCGCAAAAGACGAAGCCUAUUGAGUAUAGAUUGACCCAACUUCGAAAGCUGUUUUGGGGACUACAGGACAAUAGCAAAGCUUUAGUCGAGGCUUGCAAAAGGGAUUUGGGAAAGCCAAGUUUCGAAACGUACCUAUCAGAGAUUGACUGGUGUAAAAAUGAUAUUAUGUUCGUGACCAAAAAUCUGGCCAAAUGGAUGAAAGACGAAAAGGCUCCGGAUAUCCCGCUUAGCAACUCGUUAUUAAACCCGCACAUCAGAAAAGAGCCUUUAGGAACUGUUCUGGUUAUUGGAGCCUACAAUUUCCCGAUUCAACUCUCUAUCGGUCCAUUGAUCGGCGCAAUUGCAGCUGGUUGUACUGGUAUACUGAAGCCGUCAGAACUGGCUCCAGCUACAGCUAUGGUACUAAAGCAAGUCGUCGAAGAGUCACUCGAUCCAAAUGCAUAUGCUGUUGUCAAUGGGGCUAUUCCUGAAACGAAUGCCUUGCUGAACGAGAAAUGGGACAAAAUUUUCUACACUGGUGGUGCUACGGUCGGUACGAUCAUAGCCAAAAAGGCAGCCGAGACUUUGACACCAGUAUGUCUCGAGCUUGGAGGACGCAACCCAGCAAUCGUUACGAAAAAUGCAGACCCUCGCCUCGCAGCUCGAAGAAUGCUGUGGGGUAAAGUACACAAUGCUGGUCAAGUUUGUAUAAGUCAAAACUAUAUUAUGGUGGAGAAAGAGAUAUUACCAGCAUUCAUCGAGCAGCUAAAGAUUGCAAUGGCAGAGUUUUUCCCCAAAGGUCAGAAGCUUAGUCCGGACUUUGCGAGGAUCGUCAACAACAGACAUUUCCAUCGCAUUAAGAAGAUGGUGGACGACUCGAAGGGAAAGAUCUUGAUUGGUGGGGAGAUGGAUGAGUCUGAGAAUUUCAUUGAAAUUACUGUAGUCCAGGUGAACGACACCAAGGACUCUAUGAUUGUUGACGAAUCUUUUGGACCAUUGAUCCCAAUCUUAGCGGUUGACAGUGUCGAGGAAGCGAUCAAGAACGCCAACGAGGUGCAUUCUACACCACUUGGACUGUACGCAUUUGGCUCCAAGGCUGAAACAAAUAAAAUUCUCAAUGAAGUUACCUCCGGCGGUGCAUCCAUCAACGACGCUUUCUUCCAUGGUUCAAUUCCAACACUAGCAUUUGGCGGUGUUGGAGAUUCUGGCCAAGGGGCCUAUCGCGGUAAAGCCUCAUUCGAGACAUUCACUCACCGACGUUCAGUCACCACGACCCCUGGCUGGAUGGAGAAGAUGCUCGCAGUCCGCUACCCACCAUACGGCGACGCCAAACUCAAGCAAUUCCGAAAAAUGAGCGAAAAGAAGCCAAAUUUCGAUCGCGAAGGUAGGGAAAUCAAGGGAGUGGCUUACUGGCUAUCUUUUUUAGGCGCGCUGGGUUCUGAAGGGCCGCAGGGUGCUCUGUUUAGGUGUGCUACCAACUUUUGCAGACUUGCAAUUUUGGAAAAGGUAGAGAAGUUGCAGCAGUGUAACAAGUGUGGAAAUGCCAAAUUGGGAGCGGGGUCGGGCUUCUGGGAUGCGUUUCUGCCGGAUCGUGAGUAA